AUGCCUUCUAUAGUAGCGUAUGCGUUAACUUCAGUUCUAUUCACAGUUUCAUAUUCCUUUACUCUACUGGCUACCGUUUUACCAAAUUGGUUAUUAUUUUCUACACCAAUUCCUUUCCAAAUUACAACAAAUUAUGGGUUAUUCAAGAAAUGUAGAGGGGAUUGCCGUGUUUUUCCAUCCUCUGAUGAAAAUGAUUGUGAUGAGAAAAAUUUCUGUGAAGAAUGGGAAGGCGCAGCAGCAGCUAUGAUAUUUGCGGUAAUUAUAGGUGGAUUAGUGUGGUUAAAUUUAGUCAAUGCUUUGGUAAGUGGCCGAGGUGGAAGGGCAAGAGCAUGGAAAGGAAUAACAGUAUUAUUGAUGAUACACGCACUUUUCCAAUUUACUGCAGUAUUUCUAAUUGCUCACCUUUACACUACAUCUAAUCGAUUUUACAUUGGCACGAAAUACGAUAUUAGUUUCAUCUUUACAAAUAUUUCUGCUUCAUUUAGUGUAGUUCUCGCUAUCAUUUUAUUCAUGAAUGCUUAA